AAACUGCGGCAAGUACUCCCCCGUAUGGUUCAGCCUCGUACAGCCUCGUCGUGCCUCAUCUUGGUAGCGGGGAUGACCGGCUACGCCUCCGAAGACUUCACAACGGUGCUCAAAUGCCUUUGUAAAUCAAUCGCGGACCCGAAAAAUGGCGACAUCUUAUGAGUCUUUCGCUCAGACAUUCAAGGCAGCCUUGAUCCAGCUUCAUCCGAAACCACUGGAUCCCGAACACAACUUCAACGCAGCAGCAAACUACAUCCGUGAUGCAGCCGAGCAGGGCGCUUCGCUGGCUGUACUUCCAGAAUACCAUCUGACUGGCUGGUACCCCGAGGACAGCCAAUUUGCCAUUCUAGCUCAAACCGCCUACCAAUACGUGUCCAAGUACCAGGAACUAGCAAGCGAGUUGAAGAUCAACAUCGCUCCCGGCACCAUUGUAACAGUCGACCCUCACUCUCCUCCUCCAGGGGCUAGCAAUGGUACAACGUCAUCCGCUAAGUCACCCUCACUUCUCAACAUUGCUCCCUUCAUCUCCUACACCGGCGAACUCCUGGGAAGCUAUACCAAAGCCAAUCUGUGGCUCCCGGAGCGCAACGUCCUCACAUCGGGGCCUAACCACCAGCCGGUGUCGAGCGAGGGCCCUCCGACAACACCAUCGAAUCCGCACUCUGUGAUUGAAACGCCGUUGGGUCCAGUCGGCAUCGUUAUCUGCUGGGAUCUGGCUUUCCCAGAAGCAUUCCGUGCACUUGUCAGACAGGGUGCUCGCUUGAUCAUCAUUCCUACCUAUUGGACACGAGACGACUUGACGCCGGAGGCUCGCAGGUAUGGGCCUGACGUUGACAUUAUGUUCUUGAAGAAUGCCCUCGUCACGCGAGCGUUUGAGAAUACUUGUGCCAUCUUGUUCUGCAACGUUGGAGGUCCCGCUGAGGAAGGCUAUGCCGGUUUGAGUCGAGCAGUGCUACCACUAGUUGGCCCUGUCGAGGGUGGUUUCGAUGAUGGCACUCCAGGAAUGCGUAUAGUUGAAGUGGAUAUGAAGACGGUCGAUAUUGCUGAGGAGAACUACAAGAUCAGGGAAGAUUUGGCGUCAGACAGCUGGCACUAUGGAUAUAGCCACGAUAAGUGACGAGCAACAAAGGUCUUGCACAUUGAACGUCUGAGUCCUGAAAUUACUGGCUACCAUGACAUUCACUUCUAUCAUCCGCGCCUUCCCUGAGAGGCCCCAGACUACUGCCAGAGUAAACCAUGAGCCGCGCUAGCAUCACGCUAGAUGAUGUCCCUACUAGAGACAAGCUCGAAACUCGAUAUCUCGUGUUGUCGCUACCUGAUAGCUAAUGAUGACACUCCUACACGCCUCCCCACACAUACCAUGCUUGUUGUUCAUUCUAGGCUGACAUACAUUCAUUCGUCUGAGUCAUUGAGCAGCGCAUCGAAGCGGUUGCUCAGCGGUAUUCCAUCUUCCUUG